AUGAAGUUCCAACUCCUUGUUGCUCUACUUCCUGUCGUGUUACCCUUGGUGCAUGGUGCACCUGCUCGCAGAGAUAGCCCCAAUCCUGGCCUCCGAGGAAGCGAUUCGCUCGUUGGAUAUUCGCCAGACUAUAAAAGUGACAGCGACUUGCGACCUGACAUCGAAUAUACUCUUGUUCCAGGACAGAAGGAAGAUCCCAAGAUUGGGUCAUAUCUCGAUUUUGAAAAGGCCGACAAUCCCCAGCCGAUCCGUGGUCCUACGGGUUCUGAUGAUCCUGGUCCGAGAAACUACUAUUACGACAGAAUCAAUAGUGAUAAGCUCGCACCGCCCGGAACUGACCAUGGAGAGACGAUAAAUGCGCAGUGGCCAAUGGACCGCCAGGCUGUAAACGAAAACGGGGAGACAUUUGCCGAUGACCUUACUGCCGGCGAUGUGUGGUUCUUCCCACCUGGGGUUCCUCAUUCUAUUCAAGCUCUCGACGAUGGAGUCGAGUUCCUUCUGGUGUUCGAUGAUGGAGGCUUUAACGAAGAUAAUACAUUCCUCGCAACAGAGGUCUUCCUCCACACCCCGAGAGAGGUUCUCUCGAAGAACUUCGGAGUUGAUGUAGCAGCCUUUGACAAGAUCCCCAAUGACGAACUAUACAUUUUCAAGGGCACGCCUGCCCCGAAGGACAUCCAGAAACAGAAUGUGACAACAAGUGCUGGGAUCGUACCUCGGGCUCAGAGUUAUUCAUACCACCUCUCCGAGCAGCCGGCCCAUGAAGUCGCUGGCGGGUCAGUCAAGAUUAUCGACCCGCUUACUUUUCCCAUUGCCAGCAACUUUUCCGCCGCUAUUGUUACUGUUCAUCCCGGUGGCAUGCGUGAAAUCCACUGGCAUCCAACUAGCGACGAAUGGACUUUCUUUAUUUCGGGACAGGGCCGAGCAACGCUUUUCACUGCCCCGAAUGCUGCAAAUACAUUUGACUUCGCUGCUGGUGAUGUUGGUUACUUUCCAAAGUCUAACAGCCAUUACGUUGAGAAUACCGGCGAUGAAGACUUGGUCUUUUUGGAGGUACUCCAGGCGCCUGAGUUUUCUGACAUAGCUCUUGGUCAAUGGAUUGCAUCCACGCCAAAACAGAUCGUUGCGGAUACACUCAACCUCAAUGAGGACACGCUUAACAGCCUCAAGACUGAGAAGCAAUAUGUUGUCGCUGGCACUAAGAGUUAA